UGUAUCUCUGGUUGUAGCAGCCAUCAUAUAACCCUAAUACAAGUCCUGAUUAAAAAAAAGCAGAGCUGAGGAACAGGGUGGACAGGCAUGGGUUUGCACAGGAAUACACUUUAAAAGAAGCCUCUGUAACGCGACGAGGCUUUUGUUUUGUUUUUGUAUGUAGGCCACAUCAGCUGCAGGUGGGGUAAUUGGCACCUUCUUGUGGUGCCCCUUAAUCCAGAAGCAUCACCACUCUGUGGCAGGGCUGAAUUAAAGGAGCUGAACCCCAGUCAUCUUUGCUGUUUGCCAUUCCUUGCUGGGUUUUGAGGAGGUAGGGAGACCCGAGGUACUAUCCAAACCAACCAGAGCAUGGGGCAGAAGGUUCCAGGGGGCAUAAAGACCGUGGAUAUGCGGGAUCCCACGAGCCGGCCACUCAAACUUCAGCUGCAGGCCUUGGAAUACAGCAAACCACCACGAUUGGACAUGUUACUGGACAUGCCGCCGGCCUCCUCCCAGUUACAGGUGCAGCACUCGUGGAACAAUGAUGACCGCUCACUUAACAUCUUUGUCAAGGAGGACAACAAGCUUAUUUUCCAUCGGCACCCAGUGGCACAGAGUACAGACGCCAUACGUGGUCGUGUCGGCUACACCCGUGGCCUUCAUGUCUGGGAGAUCUCCUGGGCCAUGCGUCAGCGUGGCACUCAUGCUGUAGUGGGUGUGGCCACUGGGGAGGCUCCUCUGCACUCAGUCGGAUACACCGCGCUUGUCGGCAACAACAAUGAGUCCUGGGGCUGGGACCUGGGCCGAAACAAACUCUACCACGAUGGCAAAAAUUUGCCCAGCAAUACCUACCCAGCCUUCUUGGAGACAGACGAGACUUUUAUUGUCCCAGAUUCAUUUCUGGUGGUGUUGGACAUGGAUGAGGGCACUUUAAGUUUCAUUGUAGAUGGACAGUAUUUGGGGGUGGCUUUCAGAGGACUGAAGGGCAGAAAACUGUACCCUGUAGUAAGUGCAGUUUGGGGGCACUGUGAAAUCAGAAUCCGGUACAUCAAUGGACUCGAUCCUGAGCCCUUGCCUCUCAUGGACCUGUGCAGACGUUCAGUGAGAUUAGCAUUGGGUCGGGAGCGACUGGCUGAAAUACAUGGACUUCCUUUACCCGCCGCUCUCAAGAACUACCUGCUCUAUCAAUGAUGAUAGGAGUGCCUUUACUUAUUGUAAGGCAGAUCAGUUAUUCUCUCUGGGAUGCGGUUUUUUUUCUCUGACAGACUCGUUUUCUUAACUGCUUUUCUCCUCACUUUUGGAUUUUGGUACUUUGGGACCUUUACUGUUUUUACACCAAGGACACUUUGGUCUCACAUUUGAAGUGUUUACGGUCUUUUUAAAACCCUUGCUUUUGUGGCUUGCUUCAGUCAUGUCAUUGACAGAACACAAUGAGAGACGCACUGUACCCCACGACACCAGCUGUCCCAGAAAAAAGCAACGCGUCUACAGUACAUGGCUACGUUGACAAGUGCAGCAAGUUUGAAACCUCAGCUGUUUGAAAUGAUGGUUGCCUCUUUUUGCAGUUUCCUUUUUCUGUCAUUCCUCCAGACUUUAAGUAGAAUCAUAUGGAGACGUGCCUGACAGGUUUUAGUGUUUUGAAUGCUGGAUGUUGAAUACUAAUUGGUCUACUUGGGCAUCUAUGAUGUACCAGCAAACCUUGAGUUGCGCAUGAAUUUCUAGAGCUGUUUUUAAUGUUUUUAAUCUCAUACUCCUUUCUUUCCCUCUCAGAAUUUGGCAGGAGAGAUGCAGCUGAAUACUUGGUUCAAGAAAGAGGGUUUUUUUUUUUUUUUCAGCAGGAUGCAAAUAUAAGUUGACUCAUUGUAGCAGACCGAGUGCGUGGCAACGGCUUUCCCCCUUUCCUCUUGGCGUGUUAAAUAUAGCCUGGCGUUAGCUCUAGCAGCCCUAGCUGUCUGGCUUGGGGAAACGUGAUUUGACCUCUGUGUCUUUAAUGGAGGCUGAAAGGCUAGCACUUGCACGACAUUUACAUGGCUAGCAUGUUCUAAUGGCCUGCCUUGUUGCUCCCACAGCCAACAUGCCUCGGUGAACACUGUAAUAUCUGAAGUGCCUGUCUGUGGGAACUGUGUUUAGAGAAAGAGCCAUGAUUAUAUACUAAAAAAUUUAGUUUUUUUUUUUUUUUUUUAAUGAAAAGGAUGGCAUCACUGUGAAACUCUGCAACAUUCAUGAACAAUAGUGAAAGCAGCAGGCUGUUUGGCUGUUGGUCCUCUUUCUUUUAAUGAUCAGUUACUUUGUAGUUGCACCCAACCUUUAAUUUCACCGUAUUUGUGAAAAAUGCUGUUUUAAACUCAGUCAGUGCUGAAGUUAGAAGGGGUAAUGGUCCAGAAGUGUGAGUUAAAGUGCAUACGUCAUGUGACACUACUGUACUGUGCCUUGCCCAUGAGCUAACCAUUGAACCCCCUGGUGUCAAUGGGACAAAUUCAAUAUGCUGAUGAGGAAACGUUCAAGUUUCUUUGCCCAGCCCUUUCUCAGUUUACCGCAUAAUCUCGUUUUAGACGUUCAAAUAUUGUUUCCUGUCUGGCAUCCAGCUUGCUGGGUGAUGUUCAUUUUUCAGUCCUGCCUGCAGACCAUCAUUCUCUUUGUAUUAAGUGUUGUACAUACUGUUGAAUAUAUAAUAAAGUUUAUUAUGAAUGA